AUGCCAUCCACAGGCUCAGAUUCAUCGACAACGACUCAGUCUAGUAGAAAAAUUGUCAGAGUUUUAACCAUCCACAGUCCACCUCUAAGAAAUGUUUCGUCCGUCGUACCCCGGAAGAGUGGUGUCGCUCGCUGCUUCAUUUGUUUGACUUUGUACAUGGCCAUGGCUCGCACGAAGAGGAAACAUGUCAGGACUCAGGAGAGUUCUGGAACUUCGAAAUCUAUUCAUGCAGGAGAUUCCAAUUUUGGUGUAUAA